UGGUAUCCCGUAGUUGGCUUUGAGCAAAGGGACGACGUGUACGUUGGGUGGAAGCUAUGGUUUGUUUACUCCUAAACAGAUAUUCUGUUUCUUUAGGAAUGUAAGGAGCUAUGUCACUGUGCCCCUGUUACCCUUUAUUUUCGUAUUUAGGGUUGACUGUUCAGCUGCAGCCUGUAUUACAGCAACUGACUUGUUGAUAAGAGACGGUUGUCUGCAUGUCAAAGUGAAGAAGCUAGCACUGUCGCUCGUGGAAGACGAUGAUGGAUAGUUAACCCAUAUGAGAGGUAAUCAUGGGUUCGAAAAACAAAAAGCGCUUGGUUCUGCCAAGUCGACCAGAACCGCCCUCUGUGGAGCAGAUUGUAGAAGAUAUCAACCGAGCAUACCCGAAUGACCCUGUCUUCACCAUCUCACAAGACGAAAGCCAAGAUGCCAAGCCGGGCUCGACCCCCAGCGAGGUGGAGAUGAUCUACCAGCAGAGCCGGCGCUUCCUGGAGCUCAACGACCGGCUGCAGGAGGCGCGCGGAGAGCUGGCCCGUCGCCGCGGCGACCUGAGGGCCGUGGGAGACGCUCUGGGAGAAACGGUGGAGGACGUGAAGGGAAAAGCAGGAAGUCUGCCCUGCUGUGGCCAAUCGGACUCUUAGCGAUUGCUAUUCGAUUGGCUGGCGCACGCCGCACAGCACAGAGACGUUCUUCUUUCUGUGUGACACUUGGGAACUAAUUUUGUGUGUAAUAUAUCCAAGGCUGAUGACGGCUUUGUCUGGGCCCGGGUUAAAGUCAUCUGAAAAGGGCUCCCUUUGAAACGUACAAUGUUAUGAAGACCUAAUUCUGGGUCGCUCCUCGCUCCUUGGGCCUGGGACAACUGACCCCUUUGUCCUCUCGCUAUCAGCUUCCCUGAUAAUUGUCUGACCACAUUGUGUUUUGUUGCAAUUAUUAUUGUUAAUCAUGCAAUAAACUGUAUUUUGACUCAU